AUGCGUCGUCUAUUCAUCAGCUUCUGCCUCGCAGCAUUCGCAGUAGCGGAUUCGAAAUCUGGCGAUGAGACGCCUCAGCAUUGGCGGGCGAUCCUCGGCGACAUCUGCCAGCUGCCCUCGUUCCCCCGGGCCACUGGCGACCCCCAUCGCUACGUUGAAUGCGUUCGACAAAGCUCCUACGCCGCUGACAGGAAAGAUCUCGGAAUUUGGCUUCUCCGCGAGUGUCUUCCUGGCUACGAAUUUGUGGCCUCCGCGCGUCGUUGCAAGACCAUCCGUUCUGUAAAGCGACAGCAGGAAAUGUGCGAGUCGAACAAUGCCACCCAGUAUCAGUUUUGCCCCGAGAAAUCUUCUACCGAGUAUGUUGUCGAGGAAAUCCGUGAAGCUCCACGUCAGUGCUCGUGCCCUAACGGCGAACAGAACUGCGUAUGCCCAAGUCCGGAAAUUCUAGAACCAGUUAGCGUACCAAUCAACUCAGAAAAGGCUCGACGUUCACCACAGCAGCAACCGCUCCAGUUCUCUCAGUACCAGUCUUGCCCAUGCCCAGUUGCUCAGCCUGCUUGCUUGUGCGUUUCAUCGAAUGGAGGCCAACCUGCCCUCAUGUCCAUCAGUUGCUGUCCCCAAACGCAGUCCACGCCAUGCGUAUGUCAGCCACAACAAGUUCAAGCUCAACCUCAACCUCAACCACAACCACAACCACUACCACAACCACAACCUCAACCUCAGUAUCAACCACAACCUCAAUAUCAACCUCAAGAUCAGAACUGCCAAACCACAACCACUCAGCAGCAGUACUGCCCUCAGCAAGUUCCCCAGCAAGAAGCUGCCAUCAUCCAACCACAGCCCUGCCCACUUGUACAAGGCGGUGGAGUACAAAAUGCCCAGUAUCAAGGAAUUUGCUCUUGGAUGAUCGAUCCUCUAGCAGUCGACCCCGAAUCCCGCAGCCACUACCUUCAGUGCCAGCCCGCUCCCAAUAACUUGUUCUGUGGCCGAUGGCAACGAAUGCCUUGUGCUCCGGCCACCGUUUUCGACGUUCAAGCGCAGGUUUGCGUUUGGGACACGACGGCCACUCCACAAGCAGUCCCUCAGCCGAUGCCCCAGCCUCAGCCGUUGCCACAGCCCAUGCCCCAGCCUAUGCCCCAGCCAAUGCCCCAGCCAAUGCCCCAACCAAUGCCCCAGCCCAUGCCCCAGCCUAUGCCCCAACCAAUGCCUCAGCCUCUGCCUCAGACUCCUAUGGCUCCUUGUUCCUGCGUGGGCGGUGUUCAAAUCGGCUCAUGCAACCAAAACUACCAAUGCCCUGGACAAUCCGUGUGCCAGGUGGGACAGCAGGCAGGACAACAGUGCAUGGUAUGCUGCUACUUCCGUAGAAAGGUGCGCCGCUCCUAA